GUAAACAAGUUGAGCUUAACUGUUUUAGUUUUGAGUACCCUUGGCUUGACUUAUUUACAACCAUCAAUGAAAUCUCCACGAGAGGAAAAAGUCCAUUAUGCAACCUGGAGUAAUUCUUCAACAGUUGAUUCCUCAAGAUUACCUUAGCUUUGUCUCAGGAUCUGUUGCUGAUGAACUGGGUGAUUCUGCAGCAGAGCUCAAGAUGUCCCUUUUUCAGCUUGGAAUCAGUCCUCAGAUAAUAGCAUUGAUUAUUAUGCAGGUGCUCUGUCAUGUUGUUCCAUCUUUCGUAAAGCUGGGGAAGGAAGUAACAUAAAAAAAUAAAAAUGCUAUUAUACA